AUGAAAUUAUCUUCUUCACUCAUCGAAAUACUUGGGAACAAUGACUUACUCUUCACUCACGAAGAAAUGGCCCUUAUGGAAACGGUCGAAGAGAGUGAAGCCAUAUUGGGUAGAUUGAAAAUAUGGUUUAGGCGCAAAUACGAGGACCUCGGCCGGAAGAAAGAUGUGACGAAGGAGCAAGGUCUUGCUGAGCCCAUCUUUGAGUUUCCCAACAAUAUCAGACACACAUGUACAACAAUGCCGUGGACAAUUUUCCCAUCACUAUUGGUACUCUGGGGUGUCUGUUGGAUGUUCAUCAUCGGCUCUAGCCAACCCGACCACGAAUGGCACAAUGCUGUUGACCCCAUGAUCUCGCCCGUACCGGCCGCUUAUGACUUUUACACCGACUUCCAUGGUAUCGGAAUUGGGGAGGAACUUCAAGGCUCGGUUGCAGAUGACUUCGACAAUAGAGAACAUCUCAGUCAGGAUACCCUGGAAGAGUUCUGGCCGGGAGACGCUCAGUUGAUGAAUGACCUGAUUCACCCCUUCGCUUUUGCCCAGAACACCCCUUCAGAUCCAAACUUUCUGAUUUCGCUCAAGACGUCCAGUGGUGAUUCGGAAAGCUUGGAAGUGGCGGCGCAAGAUACGGCCGAAGUUUUACCAGUGACCAACAUGAAAGACCCAACUCAUACGGUGUGCAUCAGUGCCGACAAUAGCAGGGAGAGGAAUGCCACUGGUAGUGCCGACAGUAGCGGCUAUGGUCAGCGAACGAGUAACUCGGAUGAGUCCAAUGGAAAGCCUUUCAAGCUCUCACCUAGCAUUCAGCAUGGCCAAGACGUCGGACCAGAUGAAGCUAUCAGAGCCAAUGUCACGAAGAAGAGACCAAGGGCUGGGGAUGAUGAAGGGUCAAAUGACGAAUAUCUCCUUGCAGAGAUGGUGAAAAAGUAUAAAGAGAUGGAAAAAGAGAUCAAAGAGAAGCAGGAUAACUUGUAG